AUGAACAGUGACCCAAAGAAGCAUACUCAAGAAUUUAUCAAAAUUGUUGAUCCAUUUUUUGCAAAUGACUUUCUUUACAAGGCAGAUGCACUCAGUGAAUCUAGCUUCAAGCUCUUUGAAUGUCUCCAUUCACCACCCAACAACUGGACUUACAUGCAUCAGAAACUUCAAAAGAAAUUGUCAGCCAAUCUUAGCAGCCAUCAAGUGAUCCAAACCAUCCAAAAUGCAUACAGAUUUUUUCAGAACCCCUCAGAUAUGUCUGUCAAAGGCCCAAUCAAUGAAUUGAUGAUCAAAGUGAUCAUUCCAGUCAAAAUACAUGAUAGGGAACUGAUCAAAGAUCAAUUGGAAUUCAUGAAAGAAGCCUUCAAUAUCUUUGAGAAUGAAGAAUACUUUACAACAAAGAAGCCCAAGUUUGAAAAAUUAAUCCUAAGCUCAAUUUUGAAAGGACUCAAAAUGGAAAAAUGGGUGGAAAAGGCCUCAGUAGCAAUCACCGGAACAUAUAGUAGACAUGUUACUCUCUUCAAAUAG